AUGGAAACUUUCCUCUCUGCAGUCCUGGGUGAGCUGAUAUCUCGAUCCAUAAAUUUCAUCAUCAACAAGUGGUCAACACAACUGAAACUGAACAUGGAGGAAAGCCUACAAAGGGCUCUUCUCAGAGCACAGGUCAUCAUUGAGGAGGCCAUGGGACGGCAAAUCACAAAUCAAGCCAUGCUCCUGCAGCUGGGCAUGCUGAGGGAUGCCAUGCACCGAGGCUAUUACGCACUUGAUGCGUUCAGGUACCAGCCUCACUAUGGAGAAGAUGGCAAUGAUCCAGCUGCUUGGCGGUUUAUGCCCCUAUCCAAGGUACCUUCUGCAAAGGAUCCCUAUUUCUCCAGUCGAACUAUACAGUUUCAGGAACAACUACGAGAGGCCCUUGACAGAUUGAGCUCCAUGAUUGUUGAUCUGAAUGAGUUGGUCAUGUUCUUGAUGAGUUACCCUCGCCUGUAUCGCCAGCCUUACAGCAUGCAUAUCCUUCUGGGUAACUGCAUGUUUGGUCGCCAGAUGGAAACAGAACUUGUCAUUAAUUUCCUUUUGCACACAAAACCUCAUAGUUCCGAAGAAUUGGAUGUUCUGCCAGUUGUUGGUCCAGUCGGAGUCGGUAAGAGUACCCUAAUCGCUCAUGUUUGCAAAGAUGAAAGAGUCUGUGAUUAUUUCUCAGAAAUCUUGUGGCUGCACAACCGUGAUUUUAUGGAUGGUGAGCUAACUUUCAGACAGGGAUGUGCAAUGAAUCGUCGAAAUUGUUUGUCAAACUUGAAGAAAGGCAAGAGACUGCUAGUUGUUAUUGAACUAUACGGCAAUCUCUGUGAAGAUGCAUGGAAUAGGUUUUACCUUGCUUCCAAACAGAGGUUUCCUAGUGGUAGUAAAAUCAUAGUGAAUAGCUGUUCAGACAAGAUUGUAAAGUUUGGAACGACACCAGCUCUAACUCUGGAGUACAUGUCCCUUGAGGCUUACUGGUAUUUCUUCAAGACACUUACAUUUGGAAGCAUGGAUCCCGAGACGCGCCCUAGGUUUGCACAACUGGCCAUGGAGAUAGCCAGACUGCAGAAUCGUUCAAUCCAUUCUGCAUAUAUCACCUCUUAUUUGUUGAGGGACAAUUUUAACUUACACUUUUGGUGUAAGGUGCUGAUCUUCAUGAGAGGGUUCAUCCAGAAGCAUAUCUCCAAAUUCGGUGUGCAUCCUUUUGAUCUUCUAAACCAAAACAAACCUGUACUGCAUGGAAGAAUGGCUUCACCUUCCGAAGAUUUCAUGAUUUGUCAUCGGUAUCACCGCUUUCCCGAUGAGGAGGUUCCAGAGAUAAGAGUCCAAGAUGUGCUGUAUGGAAGCAUUAAGAAACAUGGAAAAUUUGAGGUCCUAGUAUGGAGAUCUCAGAUACCCCCCUACUACAGCUAUGUCGAUGCUUGUGAGAUUCGGGAGCGAAAAAUUACAGGUGCAAAGAGGAAGCACUGUAUGAAAGACGGUGCCACAUUCUGUUAG